GUCCUCAAGCGUCCGCUGCAUACGCGUCUCUCAUAAAUCGGCCGCUUGGAUCGUCAGAGGACACGGGGAGCCAAAAUAGUGUCGGACAACCUCCGGGACACCUCCACAAUGUGUGCUGAGAAGUUGGACAAAAAGCAAACUAUUGACUUGAGGAAGAAGCACAUUGGGCCUUCGUGCAAGAUCUUCUUCAGUGAUGACCCCAUUAAGAUAGUACGAGCCAGGGGUCAGUACAUGUAUGACGAGACGGGCCAACGCUACCUGGACUGUAUCAACAAUGUGGCUCAUGUGGGUCACUGCCACCCAGACGUGGUAAAAGCGGGUGCGCAGCAGAUGGAACUGCUCAACACAAACUCACGCUUCUUGCACGACAACCUGGUGCUCUACGCCCAAAAAUUGCAGGCCACGCUGCCAGAGGAGCUGUCUGUCUUCUACUUUGUCAACUCUGGAUCCGAAGCCAACGACCUGGCGCUCCGCCUCGCCCGCCAGUAUGCGGCAAGCCAAGAUAUCAUCACCCUGGACAACGCCUAUCACGGUCAUGUGACAUCGCUCAUCGAAAUCAGCCCCUAUAAGUUCCACCAUCUGUCAGACGCACCUCCCAGUCCGUUUGUGCACGUGGCCUCGAGCCCGGAUGUGUACCGAGGCAAAUACAGAAGAGACCACCCGGAUCCUGCAACAGCGUAUGCGGAUGAAGUCAGAAAUAUCAUAGAGCAAGUGCAAAACAAUGGAGGCAAGAUAGCCGCCUUUAUUGCUGAGUCAUUGCAGAGCUGUGGUGGACAAGUCAUCCCCCCUGCAGGGUACUUCCAGCAAGUGGCCCAGCAUGUCCGUGGAGCAGGAGGUCUUUUCAUUGCAGAUGAAGUCCAAGUGGGUUUUGGUCGCGUGGGUACCCACUUUUGGGGCUUCCAGCUUCAGGGUGACGACUUUGUGCCCGACAUCGUUACCAUGGGGAAACCCAUAGGGAACGGGCACCCCAUGUCAUGUGUGGUCACAAGCAGGAAGGUGGCCCAGGCCUUCAUGGCGUCAGGAAUGGAGUACUUCAACACAUUUGGAGGCAACCCGGUGUCGUGUGCCAUCGGUCUGGCCGUCCUGGACGUGAUCGUCAAGGAGGAUCUGCAGACAAAAGCCUUGCAAGUGGGCGAGUACCUGACCUCUCAGCUGGAGGCUCAGAAAGAGAAGCACCCUCUCAUAGGUGAUGUCAGGGGUUGCGGCCUGUUUGUGGGGGUGGAGCUCGUGAAGGACCACUUGAAGCUGACCCCAGCCACAGCAGAGGCCCAAGAGGUCAUAUAUCGCUUGAAGGAGAAGCGAGUGCUCCUCAGUGCAGACGGACCUCAUCGCAAUGUCCUCAAAUUUAAGCCGCCCAUGUGCUUCAGCACGGAGGACGUAGACUUUGUGGUGGACAAAAUUGACGGCAUUCUGACAGAUAUAGAAGUGGCAACAGGAAUGAAGACGUUCGGCAUCCUGAAUGACGGUAAAAAGGUUCCACUGAUAAUUCAUCAUCAGGGCGAGCUGGCGCACACUUCAUGAGACCACAAUCCUUCAUUUUAAUAGAUAUUAAUAAUAAUAAGCUACACAAUUAAGAGAACAGGCAAGGCUUGCACAGGUUUAAUACCUUGGCUUUUUUGGUUGUUGUUGCUCUAACUAAUAUUGCAAGUGUCAUGAUGAGGGAAGUCAAGAGGACAACUUGAAACAUUUUGAAUAUCCAUCCAUCCGUCUUCUGUAGACCGCUUGUCCUCAUUAGGGUCACAGGUAAGCUGGAGCCUAUCCCAGCUGACUUUGGGAGGCAAGGUACACGCUGAAUUGGCUGCCAUACAAUAACAUUUUAACAAUGAACUUAUUUUACAGCAUUUAAUUAAUAAUGUGAGUGCUGCUAAUAAUAUAAAUCUGGUAUGGUUUUAAUGAUUUACAGGUGCUUGUGCAAUAUGUGGCUUUUAUUUGUGUAAUUGGUGAAUAAUUUACAUGCAUUCAUAUUUAUAAAGACUGCUUUUUGCCACUUUUGUUCUCCUUGAAGUGAUUGAAAGAUUGUAUUUAAAUGCAGAGUGUGUGCAAAAAUAUCUUAUUGACAUUUGAUGGCUCCCCUUUGUGGACAGUAUCCGGUACUGCAGGAACCCAAACAUUUUUAUAUUACAAACUGCAAGACUACUAUGAGGGCUGCAUAGUACAGAAAAAUGGAGGAGUGCAGUUGUGUUACAUCAGUCACUUAUGCAUAGGGGGCCACUUUAUUCCUUGAAAUGUAUUUUUGUGUUAUUGAAUGAAGUCAUCAUAAAACACGCAUUCUACUUACAAGAUAAGAACUUUGUUAAUUUUCAGUUAGCAGUACACAGACAGUGGUAACAUUAACCGAUUGGCUGCCACAUUGACUGGCCACUACAUUAGGUAC